UAUUAAUUAUACUUGCAAAGAAGCUUCUCUACUAUCUAAUCUUGAAUAGAAUGGCCCAAAUUUGCAGGCUUGAAUUGCAGUCGAGGAUUCAAUCAUCCCCAGAUAAGUUAUUCGACCUCUAUAAGAACAAAACACAUCUGAUGUCGAAGAUCAGUCCCAGCAAGUUACAAGGCGUCAAUGUUCUUCAAGGAGAUGGAAAGAGCGUGGGCUCAGUCAGGUUGUGGACCUACAACCUCCUUGGUAGAUCAGUUAUUGCAAAGGACAGGAUCGAUGAUGUGGACGAGAAGAACAUGUCAAUCACUUUUGAGAUAAUUGGAGGCGAGGUUACCAAGUUCUACAAAAGCUACAAGGCCAACCUUACUACUUACUCAGACAAGGGUGUCAAUUUUGCGAAAUGGACCCUAGUAUAUGAGAAGGCGGAUGAAACUGUUCCAACUCCAUAUGCAAAUAUUGACUUCCUUAUGAAUUCUACCAAAGAAUUCGAUACAAACUACCUUGUCAAAUAGCAUCAAUCUGAUAUGUGAUAUUUUAAAGAGGAUUUCUUCCAUCAUGGCUUUAGCUGGUAUGUUUAAAAAAACAUUACCACUAAAGCGUAUCUAAUGUUCUAGUAUUUGGUGUUCCUCCACUUCCAUGCAUGCCAGUUACGUUUAAGCUAGUAUUUGAGUUUGUCUCAAUCUUAAUAAGGGGUUACAUAUUUGCUUGGUGUUACCAGUCAAUGUACUUAUGUACACCAUAAUGAAUUGAGGGGAUGUAUAAUUCUUUAAGGUAACUCCCAAGGUGUGGGUUUUUGGUCCCACAAUAUUAUGAAUUGAGGAAAUGUCUCAAUUUUUAUGUUCAAAUAUUUGUCAAGCUUAAGAAUGUGAUUGAGUUUACUAUUUUGUGU